CUCCGGUAUACCAGCAUGCCGGCCACGGCACACCGGCCGAAACUCACUGCCGUGUUUGACAAUGCAGUAGGUUAUGAGAAGACCGACGAUGUGUCAGAGAAGACUUCCCUGGCGGACCAGGAGGAAACUCGGACUAUAUUCAUCAACCAGCCGCAGCUGACCAAGUUCUGCAAUAACCAUGUCAGCACUGCAAAAUACAACAUAAUCACAUUCCUCCCACGAUUUCUCUACUCUCAGUUCCGAAGAGCCGCCAAUUCCUUUUUUCUCUUCAUUGCUCUGCUUCAGCAAAUACCUGAUGUAUCACCAACAGGUCGCUAUACAACACUGGUUCCUCUCUUAUUUAUUUUAGCUGUGGCAGCUAUCAAAGAGAUAAUAGAAGAUAUUAAGCGACAUAAAGCUGAUAAUGCCGUGAACAAGAAACAGACACAAGUGUUGAGAAAUGGUGCUUGGGAAAUUGUACACUGGGAAAAGGUGGCAGUAGGGGAAAUAGUGAAAGUGACCAAUGGGGAGCAUCUCCCAGCAGAUCUCAUCAGCCUGUCCUCCAGUGAGCCCCAGGCCAUGUGCUACAUUGAAACAUCCAACUUAGAUGGUGAAACAAACCUCAAAAUUAGACAGGGCUUACCAGUAACAUCAGAUAUAAAAGACAUUGACAGUUUGAUGAGAAUUUCUGGCAGAGUCGAAUGUGAAAGUCCAAACAGACAUCUCUACGAUUUUGUUGGAAACAUAAGGCUUGAUGAACAUGGCACUGUGCCCCUGGGAGCGGAUCAGAUUCUUCUUCGAGGCGCUCAGCUGAGAAAUACACAGUGGGUCCACGGAAUAGUCGUCUACACUGGACAUGACACCAAGCUCAUGCAGAAUUCAACAAGCCCACCACUUAAACUCUCAAAUGUGGAACGAAUUACAAAUGUGCAAAUUUUGAUUUUAUUUUGUAUCUUAAUUGCCAUGUCCCUUAUCUGUUCGGUGGGCUCAGCCAUUUGGAAUCGAAGGCAUUCUGGAAAGGACUGGUAUCUGAAUCUGAAUUAUGGUGGCGCUAAUAAUUUCGGGCUGAAUUUUUUGACCUUCAUCAUCCUUUUCAACAAUCUCAUUCCUAUCAGCUUGUUGGUUACAUUAGAAGUGGUGAAAUUUACUCAGGCAUACUUCAUAAAUUGGGAUCUGGACAUGCACUAUGAACCCACAGACACUGCUGCUAUGGCUCGAACAUCUAAUCUGAAUGAGGAACUUGGCCAGGUAAAGUACAUAUUUUCAGACAAAACCGGUACUCUGACAUGCAAUGUAAUGCAGUUUAAGAAGUGCACCAUAGCUGGAGUUGCUUAUGGGCAGAGUGCUCAGUGUGGAGACGGAAGUACAUUUAGUGAUUUGUCGUUGCUGGAAAAUCUCCAAAAUAAUCAUCCAACCGCACCUGUAAUAUGUGAAUUUCUCACCAUGAUGGCAGUCUGUCACACUGCAGUACCAGAGCGAGAAGGCGACAAGAUUAUUUAUCAAGCAGCAUCUCCAGAUGAGGGAGCCUUGGUCAGAGCAGCCAAGCAACUGAAUUUUGUUUUCACUGGAAGAACACCUGACUCAGUGAUUAUAGAUUCACUGGGGCAAGAAGAACGAUACGAAUUGCUCAACGUCCUGGAGUUCACCAGCACCAGAAAAAGAAUGUCUGUGAUUGUUCGCACUCCAUCCGGGAAGUUACGACUGUACUGCAAAGGAGCUGACACCGUCAUUUAUGACCGACUGGCAGAGACUUCAAAAUACAAAGAAAUUACCCUAAAACAUUUAGAGCAGUUUGCGACAGAAGGGUUAAGAACUUUGUGCUUUGCGGUGGCUGAGAUUUCGGAGAGCGACUUCCAGGAGUGGCGCGCGGUCUACCAGCGCGCGGCCACCUCUGUGCAGAACAGGCUGCUCAAGCUCGAGGAGACUUACGAGCUAAUCGAAAAGAAUCUGCAGCUACUGGGAGCUACAGCCAUUGAGGAUAAAUUGCAAGACCAAGUGCCUGAAACCAUAGAAAUGCUCAUGAAAGCAGACAUCAAAAUCUGGAUUCUUACAGGGGACAAGCAAGAAACUGCCAUUAACAUUGGACACUCCUGCAAACUUCUAAGGAAGAACAUGGGAAUGAUUGUUAUCAACGAAGGCUCUCUUGAUGGAACAAGGGAAACUCUGAGUCGUCACUGCAGCACCCUUGGGGAUGCUCUUCGGAAAGAGAAUGACUUUGCUCUUAUAAUUGAUGGGAAUACCCUCAAGUAUGCCUUAACUUUCGGAAUCCGGCAUUAUUUCCUGGACCUGGCUUUGUCGUGCAAAGCUGUUAUUUGCUGCAGGGUUUCUCCUCUUCAAAAAUCUGAAGUCGUUGAGAUGGUUAAGAAACAAGUGAAAGUCAUAACACUCGCGAUCGGUGAUGGAGCGAAUGACGUCAGCAUGAUCCAGACGGCGCACGUCGGCGUCGGAAUAAGCGGAAACGAAGGCCUGCAGGCAGCCAAUUCUUCUGACUACUCCAUAGCACAGUUCAAGUAUUUGAAGAAUUUAUUGAUGGUUCAUGGUGCCUGGAACUACAACAGAGUCUCCAAGUGCAUUUUGUACUGCUUCUACAAGAAUAUCGUCCUCUAUAUCAUCGAGAUCUGGUUUGCCUUUGUUAAUGGCUUUUCUGGACAGAUCCUCUUUGAGAGAUGGUGUAUAGGUCUUUAUAAUGUGAUGUUUACAGCGAUGCCUCCCUUAACCCUCGGAAUAUUUGAGAGAUCCUGCAGGAAAGAGAAUAUGUUGAAGUACCCUGAGUUAUACAAAACGUCUCAGAGCGCCCUGGAUUUCAACACCAAGGUUUUCUGGGUUCAUUGUUUAAAUGGCCUCUUCCACUCAGUUAUUCUGUUUUGGUUUCCACUAAAAGCCCUUCAGUAUGGUACUGUGUUUGGAAAUGGGAAAACCUCCGAUUACCUGCUGUUGGGGAACUUUGUUUACACGUUUGUGGUGAUAACUGUGUGUUUAAAAGCUGGAUUGGAGACAUCAUAUUGGACAUGGUUCAGCCACAUAGCGAUUUGGGGCAGCAUCGCUCUCUGGGUGGUGUUCUUCGGCAUCUACUCGUCUCUGUGGCCCGCGGUUCCGAUGGCCCCUGACAUGUCGGGAGAGGCAGCCAUGCUGUUUAGUUCCGGGGUCUUCUGGGCCGGCCUGUUGUUCAUCCCCGUGGCGUCCCUGCUGCUGGAUGUAGCCUACAAGGUCAUUAAGAGGACUGCUUUUAAAACAUUAGUAGAUGAAGUUCAGGAGCUAGAGGCAAAAUCUCAAGACCCAGGAGCAGUCGUGCUCGGAAAAAGCCUCACAGAGAGGGCACAACUGCUCAAGAACGUCUUUAAGAAGAACCACGUAAACUUGUACCGGUCCGAGUCACUGCAACAAAACCUGCUCCACGGGUAUGCUUUCUCUCAAGAUGAAAAUGGAGUCGUCUCCCAGUCAGAAGUGAUUAGGGCCUAUGACACCACGAAGCAGAGACCUGAUGAAUGGUGAUGGGGGGCUGCCAGGCCGGGCUGGCUCUGCGGGGCUCUGUGGAGGGCUCCCCGUCUUCGCCAGAAUCUGCUGACCAGUUCUAGCCGGGUCCGAGGAGGUGAAAGGUGGAUCUGAGCUCAUGCGUCGACUGACGUUCAGAUUCAUGUAUAUUAUAGACAUAAGCACUGUGCAGUCUACUGUAACACCAUCUCUUUCAGAGUUUUUAAGUAUUUGCUAAGUCUUUGUAAACAGAAAUUGGAAAUGACCUUGUAUCUUGCCAGAGUGCUUUCUCAAACUGAGAAUAGGUCAGUGUUCUUAAGCCGUUACUGUGCGGCUGUAACUAUCGAUUUAUUGGAGAUACCACAGGUGACUGACCAUUAAAAAAAGUUUUAAAUGGUAAUAAGUAAAAGGGGCUCUUGAUAUCCAGACUGAUUUUAGAAUAUUCUUGGGGGGAGGAAAAAAGCAUUCUUAAGGAACUGACUCACCUUACUGAGCAAAAUUUCUAAACAAAACAUUAAUAAGUAUUUGUGUCAAAAACUGUCUCGGUAAGUGUUUGCCAAAGAAGUUUAAUAAAUGUAUCUCUUGUUCAGUAGUCAUUUGCCCAGGAAUUUGAGAGAAAGUUUACCUCCAGUUCUGCUGUAAGAGUUGCAUGCUUGACUUUCCAAAUAUAAAAGUGAUUUGCAAAAAUGAGUAUUUCGAGGCAUUUGCUACUAAAAUCUGUGAUGUUGCACCUUUGGCCUUACAAACGCUUCUGUCUUGUUUGUCUUGUUUACUUGUUCAACUUAGAGGGGCACGCAUGGUGAUGUGAGUCAGUCGUUAUGAUACUGAUUUUUUAAACUGUGUUUAUGUCUCGGUCAUUUCUAAUGAGAUUUCAUCAUCAUUUAGAUUUUUCUAAAAAUCUGGCUUCUGCUGUAGUUGAGUGAUGUCAUUUUGUCUUAAACUUUUUUCUCUUAAGAAAAAUAUGCUUACAUAUUCACGUGGGAUUUCUCAUGCUUCUGUUGAGAUGUUUGAAACACCAUGUCAGAUAAAUGCAUGGGCUUUUGUCCUGUGGUUCAGUUCUCCCUGUUUGUUGCCACUAGAGAUGCCUGCUGUCUUCUGUCGCACACCCCGUUGUGCUGAUUGCCCGACACUUAAGACGGAGAAUUAUUUCACAGUUCACUUGUCAAGCAGCUCCUCAAUUAGUCACAUGCUGCUAAUUGAGACAAAUAAAAAGUACAUUUCCCCCUUUUAAAAAAUAUCUAUUUUACUCAAGCCUAUAACUUUAUAGUCAAAGAACACUUUUCAUCAUGAGUUGGUUUUGUUAAUAUGCUUUCAACUGUAUGUUCAUUUUCGUUAUUUUCAGCAUUUUCAAGACAUUUGAAAAUGCCUGUUUUGCUACCAACAAUAAAUGGUGAAGGGACUGUUUAAAACCACAACCAGUUUUUCUACACUGUUUUUAAAAUAGUGCUUUCAUCUAGGAAAAAAUGUAAAGGAAUUCUAGUUUUCGGAUACACUUCAGAGAUUGAAGCAAACUUUUUGCCUUUUACUCAAAAGCCUGUUUGCCUUUACAUGGACUUACCAGCAAAAUAGGUAGAACUUCCUCUUUAAAAAAAAAAGUCAACUAGAAUUGAGGAGAGAGGUGGUUUUCCGAACCACUCCUUGAGUUUAAUAAUUGCACAUUCUCUUCACCCUUUUUCUCAAUCUAGAUUUAAAAUUGGGCUAUACAUCAUUUCCUUCUCGGUAUUUUUGGCUGUUUGGUUACCAGCAUGCCUCCCACAUUUUCUACAAAUAAGAGAGGUUAUAACACGUACAUAAUUCUAACCUAAAAGGGGCCAGGAGUUGCCAUACUUCACUUCCUGGACUCUUCCCCUUGGGGCUCAGAUGAAGAGAACCGCAAAUCAAAACAUCGAGCAAGACCACAGGUGUAAGGUCGUCUUCAAAAUUCUGAAGUCGCAGGCUUGAACUGUCUACCGAAGGGACCCUGAGAGUGGCUUUUCGGGGUCUCCAGAGAGCUGAAGUCAAACCACAAAAGUUAAAAACUGAGACCGACGGACCUCCCUCCAGAGAGAACCGGAGAGCAGUUGCAGACGCCAGUGGCUCCCACUUGCCGUCCCUCACCAGUGGCCUUCUCCAAAACUUUAACAGCAAAAUAUGAUGACUGUAGUAAAACUGAAUUUCACGACUUAAGAAAACCAAACGUGUUUUGUUAUCUCAAAGCGGAUUAUUUCCCUGGGGCUCGUCGACGUGAGUAAAAUACUCAUGGUUAACAAUGUACAGGAUCAUGAUCAGAAAUAGGACUCAUUUAUGCAUUUUUGUCCCAUGGCCCUGUAUUUGAAUUAUCGAUGUUUUAAGUCAAUUUCUUUGCUUCUUGGGUGGGAGUUGUGGUGGGGGCAGCAGGGAAUGAUCUCCCUGGUGAAACUUAGAACAUUGCAAUGGCAGUGACGUCAUAGUGUUAAGUUAGAGAAAAUCCUCUCUCAUGUUUCAGCCUUCCCAAGGAGGGAUAAAUGUAACACAGUUUUACCAGGGUUACCAUAAGCAGUCGAAGUGACUUUUAACGUGUAUUUUCUGAAAUAAAGGACAAGUACUCUUCCAUUAAAAAGUCCCUUGUAGGGACUCUGGCAAAUGCUAACACCAUCGCUUUACAAUGUUUACAACUCAGAAAAUACUUAGAGCAGAAAUCCUCACUCAUUUCCCAUUGAAAAGCUGGGAGUCACUUCUUUAAUGUUGAGUCGCACACAGUGACACUGCGCAUGAACUUCCUAAAUGUUUUAGAUAACAUGUAAAAAUAUAUUGGUGUCUCACACCCAGAAAGAUGCUAUACGGCAGAAAUUAUUAGCAGGAAAGCGGUGUUUCUCAGGAACGGAGUAACUUUAAAAUGAUGCAUGUGCCGCCCGCCCUGUCUGCGGCCAGCCUGCUCCAGCAGUGUUGUGAAGUUAAUGGAAAGUGUUUCCUAAUCAAGUCAGGUGAAUUGUGCUCAGCUCAAUAAAUUGGCUGUUGACAUAAAUUGUAUGGUCACUCAAUGCAAUCAGUGAUUCCUAUUAAUUUCCAGGGUGGGGGGGGGAAUGAAAUCAGGAAAUCAGCAUGUAUUCUGACCAUUACGUUUUACUUUUGCAGUUCCGCUUUCUAAAUAUCCAAUGCGAGAGUCACAGGAUAACUUGUACAUUGUGUGCACUGUACGCCACUUACAACCUGUCAUUUAAAACGCUCUUUUGAGGACAUGGAUGCUGGUCUGAAAGUAAUAGAUUGUAUAUUUGUAGUUUUAAAUUAUUUAUAACAAUGUCAUCAUUAUUACAAAGCUAAUAAUCGUUAGUGUUUAUUUCGGUGCAGUUGCCCUUGGACAGUUUCUGAUUUUAAAAUGUAUACCAUCAAACAAGUCUAUAAUCUCAUAAUCAUCUCCAAAAUUUAUCAGGAAAAUGCCCACCCCAAUCCUAUGGGCCAGGCCUAUGAAUUAUUUUUAUCAAUUACUUAAUGUAACUCCAUGCAUUUUGUUACCUAAGUAAUUCUUUUUAAUGAUGAACAUUUCUCUAAUGCCUCUUAAAGAGACCAUGGUCUGAUUUUUCUCACAUUAAAAUAACUGAAGUCACUUGUGAAACUUAGUUCUAUUUUGCUGCAUUUUAAUUAACCUUCAACAGCUAUUAAAGUGGAAUGUAAGUUAAAUUUUAAAGGAAAGGAAAUAAAUGUUUUCCAUUUUCUAUCUUGAUUUAUUUUCUGUGUGAGAGCAGCUGUGUUUUUGAUAGGUUUAUGGUUUGCAUGAAUUAAUAUUUAAAGUGGUCCAGGCCAAUGCAUGGCUAUUGCUGUAAAUCUUGAUGUUUAUUUUUGCCUUUUAAAAUUCUAUCAUAGCUUUCCUGGAAUUUAAUAUUCAGUGGACAAAUUAAUUGGUCUGCUGCACAACUUUUUUUUAAUAAGUAAAUUAUUUUACAAACAAAUUUGAACAAAUUUAAUUGAAACUUUUGUUUAGCCGGCCUCUGAGAAUUUUUCUUAAUAAAGCUCACAAAACUUAGCAAAUAAAUCUCCCAUAAGUAGGAAAAAAGUUAGAUUUCAUACUUGCUUACUUUCAAUUAACAGCAACUUUCCAUAGGUAAAUUGCUCUUGCAAAGAUGUUAGCAGAAUAUUAAAAAAAUAAUAAAUAUUUUUAUGUUCAUGGUUCUAGAAUAGAAGCCAUAAAUGCAGUAAAUACUGUUUGUUCCUUGUUUUACUACUUGAAACUUCAUUUUUCACAUUUUCAAGUUUAUUAAGUUAAAGAAAAAAAAAAGGCACCCUUGCAAGGCAGCCACUAUGGAAAACUGCAGUUUGCGUUAGAGAGAGAACAGGAUUUUCAGCUCUGUGAAGAGCCAUUCCUGCUGACGCUGCUGUGGAAACUGCGAAGCUGCAUGAGUGGCGAGUGUUGAAUCUGUGAUGAUAGUAGUUUCCUCAGGUUUGUUUACGUCGAUGUUCAAUGCACUGUGUUUUGUAAAUAGUUAUUAAAGUUGAGUAAUAUCCAAUUCUAUGCAGUGUUGCGUGUCAUUGGCCUUUUGUGAAUGUGCAUGUUUUAAACUGCAAAUUUUAAACAUUUUGUCCUCUAAUUGUUAUUAAAAAUGAAAUAAACUUUACCAUUAC